AUGUCAGAGACGGCCCUGCAGGAACAAGCCAGUGAGCAAGAGGUCAAAGAAGCAGCUGAGGAGCUCAAGACCGUUGACGAAGCAGAACUCGCAAGGGAGCGAAGCUUGGAGGAACCGAAGGACCCGAAGGACCCGAAGGACGCAGUUCCAAGCUCCGAGGCACUCUGCGAAGCCGCUGGGAAGUUGCUGGAGAAGGUGAACGCAGCCAAAGCAGCCAGAGCCAAAGUGCAGGCAGCGGUUGCCGAACCGUCCGAGCCUUUGCUCGAAGCAGAAUGCGCAGAGGAGGCAGGGCAGGUACCUGUCCAAGAAGCGAGCUCGAGCAGCGACAAAGCGAGUCGAGAGGAUGUGCCAAAGGAAGCACAGGAAUCCGAGAAGGCCGAGGAAGACCCAGCGGUCAAGGACGAACUGCUGGCAUCUGAAGCAGUGCCCACGACCAGCUUUGCAGACGCUUCAGAACGGCAAGAAGAGAGUGCCGGCGCAGAGCAACGGAAGGCCGUAGCAAAGGUCGAAGCUCAGCCGAUUCCCUCAGCUGCCAAUGCAGUAAAUGGCGACCAGCCUACACCCCACCCGGGGGAUGCGGGCACGGAGAGGGAGAUGGCAGAACCCACAGGCGAAAUGCAAGCAGCAGCACCAGCAACAGACACCGAAAAGCAAGCGGAUGCAGCUAAGCCAGCUCAGGAAGCAGUGGAGGAAGAGACACCCCAGCACGACCAGACGAUAUCUGAAGCAGGUUGUCCCAACGACGAGGAAGAACUUGAGGCCGCUUACGCGUCGAAGACGGGGUCCAGAAUGCAGGCACCACCGAGGGACGCCGCCUUACCCAACGACGCAACGACAGUGCCUCCGUCAGAGCCGCAGCCGGCACAGGCGGAGCUGCCGGCACAGGCAGAGCUGCCGGAGCCGGCCGUGGCUUUCCAGGUGGACGACGAGGUGGAGGCACAGUGCGAUGGUUGGGGGGAGGACUGGUUCCCAGCAAAGGUCCGGGAGCUGCUGCCCAACAACGAGGUUCAGGUCUUGUGGGAAGGUGAUGAGCCUUCCAUUUCAAGCGUUUCGCUAGAUAUGGUUCGCAAACGCGACGUUGUCGAACCGGCCGGGCCUUGUGUGAGCAUGCCGGACACGGCCGAGCAGCCCGCGCAGCCUGUGCAGCCGAUUUCAUCUCAAGAUGCCCUCCCGGACAGCACCGAGCCUGCAUCGGCCAUCCCAGAAGUCAUGAUUUCCCUCGAGGAGAACCCACCGAGAGCUCCAGUGACUUCUCUGGUGGACGCGGUGGAGUUUGCGGAUGAGGAGAGCGCGCGACUGGAGGAGGAAGAGAGGGGAAGACACGAGGAAGAAGCGGCUCCGGAGACGGCUGGCCCAGAGGCGGAGGCAGCCGGGGAGAUGAGCAGACAGGAGGAAAAGGCUGCGCCGGAGGAAGUCAACACCGAGGAGGUGGAGGUGGGUUUGCAAUAUGUGCUGUAA